ACACCUAAUUUUAUCUUCACAUUUAACAUAUUUUUGGAUCCAUAAGAUUAAACUAUAUUUUUCAAUUAAAAGUUAUCUUUUAAUAAUUAAACUAGAAGAAUUGGAUUGGCCAAGAAAAGAUAUAAAUAUGUCAACAAGAAAUUAAGUAUAUCUUUCUAUUGGAGUGGAAUUUAGAAGUCGGUGCAGAACGAGAUUUUAAGCAAGAAAGCACUGACGAACCGGAGUGGCGCAGCAGGCGGCCUGGCUGCGAGGCCGCUUGGCCGCCGGUUAGAUGGUGGCAAGAGGCAAUCAAACGAGCAGCAGCGGCAUAUUUCGCAGAGGGAGAACUGGCGGGCGCCUUCCUGCCAGCCUGUCAACGGCGGAUGGGAGCGACGAGAAUUUUCUAGAAUUUCGGUAGUGGCGGCGGCGGGCUGACCGGUGGCCGCCGGUCUACCCGCCUGGUGGUCGGCGAUUCCUUUGAAUACCCCCGGCUCUUCCACUCCUUACCAAGCCCAAGCCUUCUCCAUUUAGUUUUCCCCUUUUAGGGGCGGAAAUUCCCUUUAUUCUCCCAAAUAUUAUAUUGAAUUUGUGUUAUCUAAUUUUGAUCAUCAAGAGUUAUUUGUCUAGCAUUCGGAGCACUCGCAGGAUAAACCCUAUCUUUUUUAUUGUGUACGCCCAAACUACAUAAUUCCCUGAAGUUCCUGGUUUGAAUCUGAAGAUUUGCACGGUAGUGGCUAGGGACUUCCGGCUUGGUAACCAUGUCUUCCUUGAGUAGGGAACUAGUUUUCUUAAUUCUACAAUUCUUGGAUGAGGAGAAAUUCAAAGAUACAGUUCAUAAAUUGGAGCAAGAAUCUGGUUAUUUCUUCAAUAUGAAAUACUUUGAGGAUCAAAUUCAAGCCGGUGAGUGGGAUGAAGUAGAACGCUACUUAAGUGGGUUUACGAAGGUUGAGGACAACCGCUAUUCAAAGAAGAUUUUCUUUGAAAUAAGAAAGCAGAAAUAUCUUGAAGCUCUUGACAAGCAAGAUCGAGUAAAAGCUGUUGAUAUUCUUAUAAAGGAUCUAAAAGUUUUUUCCUCUUCCAAUGAAGACCUUUUCAAGGAGAUUACCCAGUUACUGACACUUGAAAACUUUAGGAAGAAUGAAAAGCUUUCCAAAUAUGGGGACACAAAGUCUGCAAGAAAUAUUAUGUUGGUUGAACUUAAAAGGCUCAUAGAGGCAAAUCCUUUGUUUCGUGACAAGCUCACUUUACCUCCAUUUAAAGCUUCUCAAUUGCGGACAUUGAUAAAUCAAAGCAAUGGAGCUCGGCCUCCUCCACCUACUAAUGCUCCUCUUCUCGGCCCUAUUCCAAAACCUGGAGCCUUUCCUCCUCUUGGAAUUCAUAGUCCUUUCCAGCUAGUUGUUUCUCCAUCUCCAAGUGCAAUUGCUGGAUGGAUGACAAGUCCAAAUCCAGCAAUGCCCCAUGCUGCAGUUUCCCCGGGGCCUCCAGGAAUUGUGCAGCCUGCUGGUGCCGCUGCAUUCCUUAAACAUCCUAGGGCCUCUUCAGGUGUUCAUGGAAUGGACGAUCAAACAGAUGACUCUGAGCAUAUAAUGAAAAAAAUUCGAGCUGGCCAAUCUGAUGAGGUUUCUUUCUCCAGCACAACGCAUCUGCCAAAUAUCUACUCAGAUGAAAUUCCCAAAACAGUGAUGCGGAAUCUUAGCCAAGGGUCGUGUGUUAUGAGCAUGGACUUCCAUCCUCAACAACAUACUAUUCUUUUAGUUGGAACAAAUGUUGGUGACAUAAGCAUUUGGGAGGUUGGUUCACUGGAAAGGUUAGCACAUAAGAACUUCAAUAUGUGGAAUCUCUCAGCAUGUUCAAUGCCUUUACAGACAGCUUUGGUGAAAGAUGCAACUGUAUCUGUCAAUCGAUGUGUAUGGGGACCAGAUGGAGCUAUACUUGGUGUCGCUUUCUCCAAGAAUAUAAUUCAAAUGUAUACAUACAGUUCAUCAGGAGAGUUGAGACAGCAUUUAGAAAUUGAAGCUCAUAUUGGCGGGGUUAAUGAUAUUGCCUUUGCAUAUCCUAAUAAGCAACUCUGCGUAGUGACGUGUGGUGAUGACAGGUUAAUCAAGGUUUGGGAUGCUAUAGGUGGUCGUAGACAGUACACAUAUGAAGGGCAUGGAGCUCCAGUUUAUUCUGUUUGCCCCCACUAUAAAGAGAGCAUUCAGUUCAUAUUUUCCACUGCAAUUGAUGGUAAAAUAAAAGCUUGGCUUUAUGAUUGCAUGGGGUCACGAGUGGAUUAUGAUGCACCUGGACUUUGGUGCACAACAAUGGCGUAUAGUGCUGAUGGUACUAGACUCUUCUCAUGUGGAACAAGUAAAGAAGGUGAAACGUACCUUGUUGAGUGGAAUGAGAGUGAGGGAACUAUCAAGAGGAUGUACACGGGUUUCAAGAAGCGUUCUUUAGGAGUUGUGCAAUUUGACACAACAAGAAACCGUUUCCUAGCCGCUGGAGAUGAGUUUCAAAUAAAGUUUUGGGAAAUGGACAGUAUAAACAUGGUUGCAUUUACCGAUGCUGAUGGUGGAUUACCUGCUAGCCCUAGACUAAGGUUCAACAAGGAAGGGUCUUUACUCGCUGUUACAACCAUUGACAAUGGAAUCAAAAUCUUAGCAAAUAAUGAUGGGCAAAGUGUGCUUGAGAUGUUUGAGAAUAGGCAACUUGAGGGUACUCGUGGUCUUUCUGAAGUUGCCAGUAUAAAGGCAAUAGCUCCAAUGCUGGAACGCGCUGAGAGAAUUCAACAAUCCAUGUCCAUAGGCAAUCCGGCCACCAUUGAAAGCAGCAUGCUCUCUGAUGCAAAACCUAAGACUGUAGACAAUGCUGACAAAGCUAAAUGCUGGAAGUUUCCGGACAUAACUGACUCUUCUAAACUUAAGUCUUUAAAGUUGCCUGAUCCGCUAACUGCAAGCAAGGUUGUGCGGCUGCUCUAUACAAGUACUGGACUUAUGUUGCUGGCAUUAUGUUCCAAUGGGGUUCAUAAGCUUUGGAGGUGGCCCCAAAGUGAGCGUAACCCAUCUGGAAAGUCAUCUGCUUCGAUUGUACCACUCUUAUGGCAGCCUAACAGUGGAGCUCUCAUGUCAAAUGAUCUAAGUGAUGUAAAAUUAGUUGAAGAGCGUGCUUCAUGCAUUGCUUUAUCUAAGAAUGAUUCCUAUGUCAUGUCUGCUUCUGGUGGGAAAGUUUCCCUGUUUAACAUGAUGUCCUCUAAGGUCAUGAAGACUUUCAUGCCACCACCUCCUGCUGCCACCUAUUUGGCAUUUCACCCUCAGGACAAUAAUGUUAUUGCUGUGGGGAUGGAGGACUCCACCAUACAAAUAUAUAAUGCCAGGGUUGAUAAGCUUAACACAAAGCUCAAGGGUCAUCAGAAACGGAUCACAGGGCUUGCAUUUUCUCAGAGUUUGAAUGUUCUGAUUUCUUCAGGAGCAGAUGCGCAGCUAUGUAUCUGGAACAUGGAUGGAUGGGAAAAGAAAAAGUCAAGGGUCAUACAGGCAGCCCCUGGACACCCCACUCCCCCGGUUGGAGAAACAAGGGUUCAAUUCCGUAAUGAUCAAUCACACAUCCUCGUAGUUCAUGAAAGCCAAAUUUCUAUAUAUGAUACUCAACUCGAGUCUAUGCGUUCAUGGUACCCGAGGGAUUCACUUGCUGCGUCUAUUUCAAGUGCAACAUAUUCAUGUGAUGGUAUGUUGGUGUUAGCUGGAUUCUCUGAUGGUGCAAUUGAUAUAUUUGAUGCAGACAGUUUAGGACUUCGGUGUCAAAUUGCAUCUUCUGCUUACAUUUCUACAUCUAUUGGCAGCAGUGGCACCUCCCCUGUAGUGAUUGCCGCACACCCGGAAGACCCGUACCAAUUUGCUCUGGGGAUGAGUGAUGGUACAGUAUAUGUGAUCGAACCAUCAGAUGCAGAGCCGAAGUGGGGUAGUUCCUCUCAAGAUAAUGGAUCUUUGCUUUCCAUUCACUCAAGUUCUGCAUUGAAUAGUCAGCCAUGUGAAACUCCUAGGUGAUAUAUACAAUUAUACUCUUACACAUCAUACUAGGCAUGCUUCAACUAAAACCCGCUUUCUUGUAAAUAUACCUAUGCCUCAAUU